UCAGUAAGUGGGAGAUGACAGAGCAGACGUGCUGCCUGUGUUAGGGGAGCAGCAGAACUCCAAUAGUAAUAUGAAUUAUUGGAACAGUGUUCAUCUGGGGAACUGCAGACAGGCAAAGCAGCUCUGAAGAAAUGCAUUCCUGUCAAAGACGGUUUGUUUCAGCUGAGGCUUAAAUAACAGCAGAAGUAAAAAUAGAGUAAUCUGGUGAGGGAGAAAGCAAACUGGAGCCACUGUAUGUAACAAAAAGGUGUGUGUGUGUUUGUUUCUGAAGGCUAAAGAAGAAGUACAUUUUGGCAUUACCAGAAACUUUAUGGGACCAGUUUUGAAUGGGAGAAAUCGACUCCAGCCAAUGGGAGUUCAAGGAGCUCUGCAUUGUGCUACCAAACUCAGAUGCCAUGACAAAUGGAAUAAAAAAGGAUCAUUUGGGUUUUCUGAAACAUGACAUUAAUCUACAGUUAUUUCUCAUAUUCAACAUCUAUCUGUAUUUGUGAGUCCAGUAGUCUAUCCUCUGUCUUGAACUUUGAAAAAAGCAGAGUGGAAACUCCCCAUGUAAGGAAGAGGUUUUCUCAUUUUGCCCAGAGGCUGAAGCAGCAGAGAAAGCAAAACCAAUGUGAAUCAUCAGUGACAGUGGACAAUUACCAGCAACUUGUUCACGCUUUGCCUGGAAUAGCCUAAGCUGAAACCACUAGCUGAAAAUGACACAGCAAAUGCAUAACUUAAGUCUCCUCCAGACUAAAAAGAACAGCAUGCCUUCCUCCCCAAAUGCUGCCAAGCGGCUAUAUCGGAACCUGUCAGAGAAGCUCAAGGGGAGUCAUACAUCCUUUGACGAAGCGUAUUUCAGAGCUCGAUCUGACCGGCUCAGCCUCCGUAAGACCUCAAUGAAUUUCCAGUGCAAUGAAGCUAUGUUUGAGGCUGUAGAACAGCAAGAUCUGGAUGCUGUUCAAAUUCUUCUUUAUCAAUACACACUGGAAGAACUGGACCUGAACACACCAAACAGUGAGGGACUAACUCCUUUGGACAUUGCCAUUUUGACAAACAACGUCCCUAUUGCUAGGACCCUUCUACACGUUGGGGCAAAGGAAAGCCCACACUUUGUUAACAUGGAAAGCAGGUCAGUGCAUCUGAGUACAUUGGUCCAGGAAGCACAGCAGCGAAUUACUGAAUUGUCUGCACAAGUGGUGAAUGAAGACCUUGGUACAGACAACACAGAGAAAGAGAAGCAACUAAAAGCAUGGGAAUGGAGAUACAGGCUAUACAAGCGCAUGAAAGCAGGCUACGAGCAUGCUAGAGCCCCUGAGGCGCCAACCAAUGUCUGUCUCAUGGUAACAAGCAGUACAUCACUCACUGUCACCUUCCAAGAACCUCUGAGUGUCAACUCAGCUGUGGUGACCAAGUAUAAAGUGGAAUGGAGCUGUUCAGAAGACUUUUCUCCUUUGGCUGGUGAAAUAAUUAUGGAUAAUCUUCAGUCUUUGAGGUGCACCAUCACAGGUCUCAGAACGGGCCAGAGGUAUUAUGUCCAUGUUUCAGCAUACAACAUGAGAGGAUGGGGACCUCCACGCAAAUCUACUCCUGAAUAUGCUUCUCCUUCAAACUGGAAAGACUGCAGUGGAAGAGAACCUCGGCACAGGGGACACACUGAGGCCCUGGAACGCCUCCUUCAGCAGGUUCGAGCAGCUCAUCAGCAUUAUAAUUGCAGAGAAAGCUCUAAACUACAGAAUGCUGGUCGCAAGCAAUCUGUUUCCAGAAGCUUGAAGCACCUUUUCCAUUCAUCAAACAAGUUUGUGAAGACUCUGAAACGGGGACUCUACUUAGCUGUUAUAUUUUUUUACAAGGACAAUUUAUUAGUAACCAAUGAAGAUCAAAUCCCAAUUGUGGAAAUUGAUGACUCCCACAGUAGCUCAGUUAUGCAGGAUUUCCUGUGGUUCACAAAGUUGUCUUGCAUGUGGGAUGAUAUCAGAUGGCUAAGGCAGAAUAUGUCUAUAUCCGUGUCCUCAUCAACAGCGCUUCAAGCCAGGCAAAAGAUGCUUUCAGCAGCAGCACAGCUACAGAAUUUGCUGGGAACUCACAACCUAGGCAGAGUUUUUUACGAGCCAAUCAAGGAUCGACAUGGCAAUAUGCUGAUAGUGACUAUAAGAGAAGUGGAGAGUCUUUAUUCAUUUUUCAAUGGCAAAUGGAUGCAGGUAUCCAAACUACAAAGCCAGAGGAAAUCCCUCUCAACUCCAGAGGAGCCAACAGCAUUAGACAUCUUGCUUAUAACAAUCCAGGACAUACUCACCUAUCACAAACGAAGUCAGCAGCGCCUCCCUCCCGGCUUGUACCUGGGUUACCUUAAACUCUGCAGUUCUGUGGAUCAAAUCAAAGUGCUCGUGUUGCAGAAGUUGCCUAAUGUCCUGUGUCAUGUUAAAAUCCGAGACAACAGCAAUGUCUCCAGAGAUGAGUGGGAAUGGAUCCAAACACUUUCUGGCUCAGAAUCUGUGGAAAGUAUGGAUCAUACUUCAGACUGCCCUACUCAAUUGUUCUUGUAUGAGCUCCAGAUGGCAGUGAAAGCUCUCCUUAAACAGAUCAAUCUACCUCUGCAUCAGGCUAAGCACUUCCGUCUGUAUACACAGGAGGUGUUGGAACUGGGUCACAAUGUCUCCUUUCUUCUCCUGCUCCCCGCCUCAGACGACGUCUGCACUGCCCCAGGACAGAAUAAUCCUUACACCCCACACUCAGGAUUUCUUAACCUCCCUCUUCAGAUGUUUGAACUCGUUCAUUUUUGCUGCUACAAGGAAAAAUUUAUAAGCCUGUAUUGCCGCCUUUCUGCUGUCAUAGAGCUGGACUCUCUGAAAACCCAGCAAUCCCUAAGGGAAGCAAUUUCAGACAGUGAAGUCGCUGCAGCCAAACAAAGACACCAGCAAGUUAUAGACUACAUACAGCAAAUCGAUGAGAUCUGGAGGGAAAUGAGAUGGAUCACAGAAGCACUGCAGUAUGCGAGAUACAAGCAGCCAGCAGCUGGCCUACCUGUAAAGAAGUUUGUGGAUCUUUCAGUAGAACACUCUCAGAAGAAAAUCAGUUCAUCCUCUUCACAUUUAGAUUGUCUUCCUUCACCUCCCCCUUCACCUGAGGCUAGACUCCAGAGAAGAAAAGCUGUGAGUGAUUCCCAGCCCUGCUCAGAUGAAGAAGGCUGCUCUGAAGUAUUCCUUCCAACUGACAGUGACUAUGAUUCCAGUGAUGCAUUAAGCCCCAGAGAAUUAGACCUGAUUUACUCCUCCUCACAGGACAUAUCCCAGCAGGCCAGCAGUGGCCUGGGUGGCAGUGCACCUGAUGUUCUCCAAGUCCACGACAUGAAGCCUUGCCUGACAUUGAAAGAAGGCCUGACAGAGUGUAGUGCCUUUGAUACUAAUGCUGAAUGUUGCACAGAGGACAUGAGCAAUCUAACAGUGUCAGGGCUUACAUUGAAAAGCAUAGACAAGUCCUCUAGCUCCAAGCAGGCACUGAGCUUUUUAGGGAAAAAAAAACUAGGGAAACAUCAACAUUACAGCUACUUCAGCCGGCACCAUCGGUGGCUGCGUGUGUACAGCGAGACACAGUCUGGCUCUCUGUCUGAAGGGGUGUAUACUCAGCAUCUCAUGAGACAUUCAGAUUUGUCUCAAGAGCCUAUCUCCACUGAGCAGGUGAAGAUUCCCAUUGAUGGAUCUCGGAGCACUUUCUUGCCUCAUGCAUCCAGCCUUCCAGAAGAUGGGAAAGGCAAGUAUGAGGAGUCAAGGCAAACUGUCCAUCAGAUACAUGUGGAGCCUUAUAAAACAUUUCUGGAUGAAGACAGCAAGUCCUGGGCAAUGAGCACACAGUCUGUAGAACACAGGGAUGCUCACAGUGCUAUGCAACAGAAAAUGAGUCCAGAUGACCAGUCGGGUUCUGCUGUCUCGGAAGUCUUCAGCAGCACACUUUAACCCUCAGACUUGUGCAUUGCUUCCCACUGCUACACAGUAAGAGAGUGAGCAUCGUGCAUACAGGGCCAUACUUUCAAAACCACUUGGAAAUCUCCAGCUCCUGAAAUGGCAACUCAUGCCACUCAAAAGAAUCCUCAUCUUUUGACUUCAUCACCAGGUUUCUGGUCUUACAGAGGUAUCAUCUGUCACGAUGUAAGCUUUAUUAUUGGCAUCUGCACUUUUGCAGGUAGAGCUGUAACAGUCACCACAAAACAGAACAACCUGUGGCUGCAAAUCUAGUAAUGAGGUUUUGCAGUUCUCCUGGUUUCCAUGUCUCUCUGAGCAUGCAAAAUUUUAAGCAUGAGUGGUUCUGCCUGCAAGUUAGCAGAAACUGUAACAUCCUUGGUGUCCUCACGUUAGGACUGUGUCCUAAACUUGUACUAACCAGUUCUCCAUUAUUUUGUGUCAGUUUUUCUACUUCUUGAAUGGAUUUAGGCUGCAUAUAACUGAAGUGCUAACUGCUCUAGGAACACAUUUAACCCAGAGUUUCACUUACAGAGAAAUGAGAAGUCUUUUGGUACCUAGAAAAGGCACUCAACUCCACCUCUGAGUGCUGUCGAAGUCUGACAUAAUUAUCACAAGGGUUUUUUUCACCAGCUUAGAUUUCAAAUUAUGUAUUAUAAAGGCUUAGCAGGUAAACCUUUGGGGUCAAGAGCAGGCAGAAUGAGACCAAGUUCUGAAGGAAUAAGAUGCAGAGUCUAAGUGAGACUGAAGCUUGGUCUUUUCUUCUGCCCAGAACACAAGAGCUCAUUUCUGCAUGUUGGCAGCAUGCUCAUACACCCGUUGAAAAGAAAUGCUCCUACUUUUGUUCCUGAAUAUUCACUGUAAACUUCAGGGGUAUUUGAUCACCAUGUCUGAAAUUGGGAUAACUGUAAUGAUUAGGGAAAUUUGGGGUACGGUUUGAAUGCAUUAUUUGGGCCACCAAUAUUGUAUCAUAAUGAGAGUGGGAGGUGGUGUUUUAGCAUGCUGUGUUUGUCUAAAGGCAGAUCACACCGAGUCAUGAUGUUGUCCUUUACAACCAGAAUCAGCUUAUAGUACUACAGGAGAUGAUCUCAAAAAUGAAAUCCCUAUUAAUGAGAACCAUAACAUUUGAGUCAGUAAGAAAUGAACGAAUGUGGAGAGAAACCCCAGCUGUUGCACAAGCUUUAAUUUUUCUUAAACAGUUCUUGAAGUUUAAUUUUAUAGGCCACAUUCCUGCUGGUUAAAUUCCCUCACUCCAUGUUUGCACAGCCUUCUACCUUUCAAUUUUUCAGCCUCCAGGUGGAUACAUUCUAAGGCCUCCAAUAAAGAGAUUUGAGUUAAAUAGUUGAGUUUACAAGUCCUUGAGGUAAAGGUAAGGAUUUGGGCCCAUGAUCUGUGGUCCUUAUUAAAAUAGCACUUCCAUAACCCCAGUGCUAUUAAAAUCCCUGUGAACUCAAUCCAUAAAUUCAAAAAUAAAUGUUAUUCACUAUUUUAUGCUUGGUCAGUAUGUGGAAGCCAAGAAGAGUCUUUGCAGUGAUACAAGGGCAAAAACUUUCUAUAAGGAUUUACAUUUGUAACUUCUCUUUUUGGGAGAGGGAAGUUAAUUUUUCACCCAAACUAUUCAUUCAUUCCCUGAUCCGAGGCUGGAAAGACUUCCAUUCACUUCCACAGGCUUUGAAUGAAACCCAUAUUGAAAAUUCCUGUGGGUGAGAAGAUGCUGGGGGGAGCAGAAGUGUCAGUGCCAAUUUGCAGCUAGAAGGACAUACAUUGUAUGUUGUAUGCCACAUGGAGCUGCAGGGGGAAAACCUGACUCACACACCAUAGAACCAAACAGUGAUGUUUUACUGUCACUGAAGGCAGUAACAGCUUGUUACAUUAGAUUAUGUUCAUUAGCAGAAGGCUUUGCACCAAGGAGAGCCAGACAGUGUAAUGCUCAUACUCAGAAGUCAAAAUAAUUUAGAUUGUUUUCUAGGAUACAGCACCUAGCCCAGGCUCCCCUAAUCUGUUUAGCCUCUAAGCAAAACUGCCAUAAAACUGUCUAUUAAAGAAUAAAAAUAACAAUACACUGAGGCCAUAUGUUUUUGCAGGAAGCGAUGAGAUAAAACAAGAUGUUCCUAAAUGAAACCCACCUUGCUUUGCUUCGGCUCUUCAGGAACACUGAGGGCAAGAAGUAGCAAGAACCACAGCAGAACAGGUACACACUGCUGGUUAGGUAAGGAUGUAAAAAUCUCUGUUACCUACUUCUGCUGCUGGACUUUUCCAGCAGUAGUCAUGUAUCGAAUAACGAGCUGGGUUCUUUACUGGUAGAAAGGGCUUGAUUUCAUCAUAAUCUGCUGUGCUAAAAUGGAAUUUGACUCUGAGAAUGCAAAUGGCAGCCACAAUGUACCCCACCUUGAUUCUAACUUUGUUACAUGGAAGUAGUGUUUACAUGAUGGCCAAUGGGGCAUGCUUCCUUAAUUCUAUUAGCUCUAAAUUGAGGUUCUUCCACAUACUUUAAUAGUCAAAGUAGUAAUUGAUAGUUCUGACUUUAAAUACUUCUGAUGAUAAAGCACUGAAUUGUCUCGUUAGAAAUACAUGUUCUUUGUUCAAAAUUAUCAUCCCUAUCUAUUCAGUGGGUGAUUGAGCAGAGCAACGCCUUAAAAGAAUAGUAAUGAACACCCAGAGAUAAAUAAAUAGUAGAAAGUGGUGCCUUUCAAGUACUGUCAUAGUACUGAUCAUACUGCUGCUGCAGUUGUCUUAGGAAGAUCACUCACACAUUUCACAAGCAGCCACAGCAAUUCAGAAGCAUCCUGCAAACUACAGCACUGUAUUCCCACUCCAUAAAGGCACAAGUGGCUCUUCUGAGUAGGGCUUAAGAGUAAAGGCUCACAGUCAGGAAUCAAAUUAAAAUUAGGAACUCAGAUCUUUGCUUCAAUUACUGGGAACCCUUUCCCCAGGUUGGGCUCAAGUGCCCCUCCAAGGAUUCCUGCACAGAAGGGGGAAAUGCUGUGGCUCAGAGCCCACAGCACACCAGAGUUUCAUUAGCCAGCAGACAGCUCAUUCAAAUGAGUCUGCACCCACUGAAGCUCUGCCCUAAAAUGGGUACUAAGGCUUCGUAAACUUCUGGACAUCUCUCUUUUACUCCUGUAUCUUGCCACAGAACUUUGUCCUGCAUUUUCUAGGGAGUGUAUAUUCACCUGGGCUGAACUCAGACCCUCCUAUCUCUAGGCAUGACUUAACUGGCUAGGAAAAAA